CUCUUAGGUGCGGUCCCUCCUUUGUGCAUCCAUGGCAGCAUUCCACAAUCCAAUCACGUUGUCAACUUCUUUUGUAAAAAAACUGUUCUUUACACAAAGGGCGACACUGAUCUCCCAUGCAUGUAUCACAGAGAUUCGUAUUUUUGUAUUUUCUGACAGGCAAAGCGCUAGACAACACCUUUGCUUUGAACAAGCGACGUUGCCAAGGAGACUACGCUGUGACGUAACACAGCUCUUAUGCAGAGGGGAGAGAUGGACGUGUAGGUGUCAUGGCAGAGUUGCACGUUAUAGGGCAGUUGGUUGGAGCUACUGGCUUCCCCAGCAACAGCCUCUUUUGCAAAUGGGGGAUUCACACUGGAGGAGCAUGGCGCCUCCUCUCGGGCUUAAAGCAAGGACAGACCCAGGUGGAUAGCCCCCAAACGGGAGACAUGGCGUACUGGUGCCACCCUAUAGACUUGCAUUACGCCACUAAGGGACUCCAGGGCUGGCCCAAGGUCCACCUGCAGGUCUGGCACCAGGACUCCUUCGGCCGCUGCCAGCUCUACGGUUACGGCUACUGCCACGUCCCCUCCAGCCCCGGGCACCACCGCGUCAGCUGCGGGACUUGGAGGCCACUCGGCUCCUGGCAGGAGCAGCUAACGCAGACGUUUGUUGGCGGGGGGCCGCAGCUCAAGAGCCCGGAUCUCAUCUACAGCGGAGCGGAUAGAUACAGGCUGUACACCGAGGCUAUGGGGACCGUGGAGCUUGAGCUCGGCAUCAUCAUGAGACACUUUGACAAAUAUGGCGUCGAGAAUUGAUUUUAAUUUUGGGGGUGUUGGCAUCUUCAAUCUGGGUCCUUUUGACCAAAGUUAGAUGCCUACAUAUAACUUUUAUGAGCAUGUAUAAUAACGACGGUAUAGAUAAAACUGCAUAUUCUACUGCAAAAACGCAGAUUAAAGAUCUUUUUUAUGACAGAAACAAUCUGCUGUUUAUAAUUUGCUGCAAAUAGUUAAAAUGGAAUAGACUUUAUUGUCAUUAUAUUUGCAUAUAACGAGAUUAAAGACUCCAAUUUAAGGUGCGGCUGUGGGAACAAAUAUGGGUUUAAAUAAAUAACACAAGAGGUAUAUAAAGGAACAAUUAACAAUUGAAAUAAACAGACUACUAUCCAAUAAAAAUAACAAGCAAUCUUGUACAACAGUGGUUCUCAACCUUUUUUCAGUGAUGUACCUCCUGUGAACAUUUUUUUUUUAAUUCAAGUACCCCCUAAUCAGAGCAAAGCAUUUUUGGUUGAAAAAAAUAGAUAAAAGAAGUACAGUUGUGAUCAAAAUUAUUCAACCCCCACACAAUUUUGGUAUUUUAGCAAGUUGGACAUUUAUUCCGUAUUUUGUUUGUAGUCAUAUCAAAAAAAGAUGCAUUAAAUAGACAAAUGUAAUUCAAGUUCAACAUUAUAUUUUGUAACAUACCAGGGUCCUUUCUCUUAAUAUCUCAUUGACAAAUUUAUUCAACCCCUUGAAGAUCAUAACUCUUAAGAACAGAAUUUGAAUAAGGUAUUUUCAAUCAGCUGUUGAAAACACUUGUAGAUGUGAUUAGAACCAUAACGAGCAACAAUUAAAAUGAUUGAAAAAGACUGUGACGCUCAGCUUCUUGUAGAUCAGGGGUGACCAUUACGUCGAUCGCGAGCUACCAGUCGACCGCGGGGGGGGGGGUGUCAGUCGAUCUCGAGCCAGGCUUUUAAAAAAAAUAGACCUAAAAAUUAGUGAUCAUCAAUCUUCACCAAGACGUCACUUAAAUGACAUUC